GGGCCCGGGGCCCCCGCUGCGAUUUCGCUCGAAGGUCAGCGGCGACACAACAGGAAAUCGCGCUGCCUCGGCCGGGCAGCCGGGCCGGAGCCAGAGCGCCGCGCCGUGCCGUCCCGGGGGUGCUCCCGGCCCUCUGUCCCGACUGGGGGGCUCACGGGGAGCCCACACCACCGCCACCCUCCAUGGAAGGGGGACGGGAGCCGGGGAGCAGCCGCUGUCCCCAGGGUGGAAGAUGCAGGGCCGAAGCCCCCAGCUGAGCAUGGAGCUAAACAGACUGCUCCUCCUCACAUCCUUCCUCCUGCACAUGGAAGACAGCCAUGCCAGCCCAACACGGCUGGUCUGUGACAACAGACUCAUCCAGAAGUACAUCGUCGAGGCCAAGGACAUGGAGAAGAGAACGGGCCAGUGCCAGGCACUGCCAACGCUCAGCUGCCCUGCAGUGCUGCCUUUGGUGGACUUCAGCCUCCAGCAGUGGAAAUCCAAAUCGAAUGAGACCAAGCGGCAGGAGAUCCUCUGUGACCUGGCACUGGUGGUGGGUGCUGUGGUGGAGGCCCAGGGCCACGUGACGCUGGAGUGUGGGGCCAGGCAGCUGAGCCAGCUUUACCAACAUGCCAACUUCUUCUUCCUACUCCUGCAGACCUUCAGCUUGGAGGCAGGACCGCAGGAGCCAGGCUGCUCCCCACGCACCAUGGAGCAGACCCAUGUCACCAGCAUCUUCCUCACCUAUCGAAAGCUGGUGCAGGGCAAGCUGCGCUUCUUCUUCCACGACCUGGCCAAAGACUUGUGCAAGCAAGGCCAGAGGGGUGACAGAGACCCUCAAUGUGGGGCCAGGUGAGGUUAUGCAAAGGGUUCACCCCUAGUCCCAGGUCAAAGCAAUCUUGCCAGACACUGAGCUGUGCUCUGGGUGCCCAGCAAGGUGCCUGCAGGGGAAGGGUUGGGUCCUUCUCCUCAAGCCUCUGACAGCUGGGCAGGCCACAGAAGCAGAGCACAGCAACACUUGUGUGCCAGCGGCACAGGCCCUGCGCUCCCACCCAAGCAGGCCUCUCUACUGUGAAUGCUUUACAAUUAAAGAGGUAUUUUUCUAGA